AAUUCCGCUCUCCACCCGUCAGUUGCGGGAUAGGCAACCCGUCGGAAGUUUGUGGGAGAUGGGCUGAAAGUCCAGCACAGGCAGACCGAAAACUGAUGCACAGGAGUUUCACAGCUGCUUAGAAGGUAAUGCUUAGUCUCAGAAAUGCCGUACGUAGAUCGUCAGAACCGGAUAUGUGGCUUUUUAGACAUCGAGGAAACGGAGAACAGUGGCAAGUUUUUACGACGCUACUUUAUUCUGGAUGCGCUGGACGGCAGCCUGAUGUGGUACAUGGAUAACCCUCAGAAUCUUCCAGAAGGAACGUCCAAUGUCGGCUCAAUCAAACUAACAUACAUAUCCAAGGUUAGCGAUGCCACCAAAUUGCGACCAAAGGCAGAGUUCUGCUUCGUCAUCAACGCUGGAAUGAGGAAGUUUUACUUGCAGGCGAAUGAUAAGCAAGAUUUAGUGGAGUGGGUCAGUGCGCUGAACAACGCCACCAAAAUCACAGUGCCAAAGUCAGGCGAGCAGGUGGCUCAGAAUACAGCAGAAGCCUGUGUGGACACGUCCUCCAGUGCCACGAAACAAGUGUCCUACAAGACUGAGAUCGUCGCAGGAGUGCCCAUUAUCACAACCACACAGGAAAAGGGUGAAGGUCAGAAUGGUGCAGACAAGAGUGGACUGAGGAAACCUCCUGGUCAACUGCCAUAUUACCUGAGCCGCAGUAACCAAGACCAGUCAGUCAUUAAACUGGAUAUUGUGUCAAACAGGGAGCUGUGUUCCGCUGGGCUGUACCCUGUGUAUGCAGAUGGAGUGACCCUGUAA